UUCCGCCAUUAUUACACCAGAAAACUUCUCUCAUCUCUCUUUCUUUCUGGGUUUGCUAUGGCUGGCUAUACUGUCAUGAGGUGGAGGCCCCAAUGGUGUUCUUGAACUCGAAUCGGAACUACCAUUCUCUCCUCUCUCCCUGCUGCCUACUCGUCUCUCUCUCUCUCUCUCCCCCCUAAACAGUCUCAUCCCUCAUCUACCAUGUAGUCCCCUCUCGUCUCUGUCUGUCUCUUUCUGUUUCAGUACUGGAAAGACAUUCUUGUUUCUCUUUCUUGCCCCCCUCUCUCGAGAUAGAAGAUAUCUUUGGCAAAGCUUCACCCUUUCGCAUUCCUCCACACAUCUCCUCUGCUCCCAAGAAACCCAUAAAAAACAGAGCCCAAGAAAAAAACAGAGCCUCUCUCUCUCAUCUUCUGUAAAAAGUGGUUUGCAGUGAUAACAAGCUUUCAAGAACUGUUUAUGGCAAGAAAACCCGCAAUGCCCAGCCCCGCCAUUCUUGUCCCUCUGUUCGUCUUCCUCCCUCUUCUCUUCUCUGUUCCUAUUUCUUCCGCGGCCGCCGACACCCGCCUCCGCAGGCGGCUACUCCACCAGCCCCUUUUCCCGGUCGACUCUGACCCACCAUCCCCGGCGCCCGCGAGCCCUCCCCAGCCCAGCAAGAAACAGCCCAACCACCCAUCCUCAACCACCCCUUCCACUCCCCAGACCCCCACCUCCUUCUUCCCCACCACCGUCCCCUCCCCUCCGGAGCUGAGGCCGCCGCCGUCUCCUCCGCCCGGCUACCUCUCCACAUUCCCCGCCAACAUCUCCUCCCUCCUCCUCCCCCAAGCCCCUUCCAGUUCUCACCCUUUCCGCCGCCACAUCAUUGCCGUCGCCGUGUCCGUCUCCCUCCUCUUCGCCGCCCUCGUCGCCACCCUCGCUGCCUUUCUGUACUUCUACCGCCGCAAUGGCCGGCGCUAUGACUUUGCUGCAGCUGACAAGGCCUCGAGGAUCGACAGCCUCCGCCUUUUCCCACCGGACACCGCCACCUCGGAUGGCGCCGCACCUAAAGCCCGCAGCUCCUCGAGCACGAGCUCGGAGUGCCUCUACCUCGGUACUUUGCCCAAUCCCUCGGGAGUGAGCGGCGAAAUCGAUACGAACUCAAGCAAUGCGAGCGGGAAAAUAAGCAUUCCGGGGCUCUCAUCCGCGUCGGCUUACCAGAAAUUGGGAUCUCCCGAGAUUAAGCCGCUCCCGCCACUUCCUCGAAACAAUUUCGGGCAAAAGAGUCAGAAUUUGGAAGUGGGUUCUACUUCUGUUGGUGAUGAGGAAGACGAUGACGAGGAGUUCUUCUCCCCUAGAGGAUCUUCAAUGGGUCAGCAAGACAGUCCUGAACAUGAACCCGUACGCAAUCUUUCGAGCUCCAGGAGAGAAUAUCCUGGUGUUGUUGGAGUGGAUCGGUUCGGUAGUAGGAGCUUUAAUUCGAGAACUGCUUCUUAUCCUUUCUCAAACUCGGGUUCUUCGAGAAACACAGCCUCCAAUAGUCCUUCCCCUGCAGUGAAUUCUAGCCCUAUAAGCUUACAAUCGAGCUCGCCAGAUGUGAUGAUCCUUAAAUUUCCUGCCCCAUCUCGACCACCGCCUCCCCCGCCACAAAAUGGUUCACCAAAUGGGCCUAAUUCAUUGGCGUCCUCACCAUCAGCAUCGGUUCGGGUUUCAAAUGUUUCGACGGAGAAAACAGAAUCCCCGACGAGAACUGACAGUGUAACUAUUCCGAAACAAUUUGUGCCCAAGAAGUUGCCUCCACCACCACCCCCGGUGCCACCGCCAAGGUUCUGGGAAAGGCCUUGGGCAGUUCGGGGUCCUGUGGGUGGACCACCGGCACUUGUGGGACCAUCCGGACCUAACGUAUUUCAAGAUCUAGAAGCAGGGCAGGUUCAAAGCAAUGGCGUUUCCGAAAGGAACGAGGACACUCCAAGGCCUAAACUGAAGCCACUCCACUGGGACAAGGUUCGAGCCAGCUCUGAUCGGGCCAUGGUGUGGGAUCAGCUCAAAUCUAGCUCCUUCCAAUUGAAUGAGGAGAUGAUCGAGACGCUGUUCAUGGUGAAUGGGCCUAAUUCAGCUCCGAAAGACAAUGUUCGCCGCCCUAUUAUGCCUAUGUUGAACCAGGAGAACCGGGUUCUUGAUCCCAAGAAGUCUCAGAAUGUCUCCAUUUUGUUGCGGGCACUUAACGUGACAGUCGAGGAAGUCUGUGAGGCUCUCUUGGAAGGCAACGCAGAUUCUCUGGGAAGCGAGUUGCUCGAAAGCUUGUUAAAGAUGGCUCCAACGAAAGAAGAGGAGCGUAAAUUGAGAGAAUUCAAGGAUGAAUCGCCAUUUAAACUGGGACCUGCAGAGAAGUUUCUGAAAGCACUGCUUGAUAUCCCGUUUGCAUUUAAAAGAGUUGAUGCUAUGCUUUAUAUUGUCAAUUUCGAGACAGAAUUUGAGUACCUUAAGAGGUCUUUCGAAACUUUAGAGGCUGCCUGCAAAGAACUAAAGAGCAGCAAGAUGUUCCUGAAGCUUCUAGAAGCUGUCCUUAAAACAGGAAACAGAAUGAAUGUAGGGACUAACAGAGGCGAUGCUCAUGCUUUCAAGCUCGACACACUCCUCAAGCUCGUGGACGUUAAGGGCACCGAUGGGAAAACCACCUUACUGCACUUUGUUGUGCAGGAGAUUGUAAGAUCCGAAGGUUCAAGAUUACAUGGAGGCAACGAGGCAAAUGAGCAGUUUGCCCUCCAAAAUGAGGUUGAAUUGAAGAAACUCGGCCUUCAGGUUGUCUCUGGACUCAGUGGGGAGCUGACAAACGUGAAGAAGGCCGCCACCAUGGACUCUACCGUGUUGAGCAACGAGGUUGCAAAACUCACACAAGGGGUCGUAAAAGUUAAGGAUGUCUUGGAGCAAAACAGCAACGAUAUGAACAGGAAAUUUCUGGAGUCAAUGAAUGGAUUCUUGGUAAAGGCGGAGAUAGAUAUCAAGAAAAUUCAGGAGCAGGAGAAGGGGACUUUCGCGAUGGUGAAGGAGAUAACAGAGUAUUUCCACGGGGACUCAGCGAAGGAGGAGGCCCACCCACUGCGAAUAUUCAUGGUGGUGAGGGACUUCCUCUCAACUCUUGAUCGGGUGUGCAGGGAGGUGGGGAAGGUGAAUGAGAGGACUAUCUAUGGCUCGGCCCGGCCGGUUUCAAUGCCCGUGAAUCUACAUCCAACAACGGUGCCCAUCUUUCCUGCGUUUUACGUGAAGAGACAAGAGGGUUCUCCAUCGGACGAUGAAGGUGGACGUUCCACUUCAGGCUUUGAUUAGCUUAUGUGUCUGACUCCGCAUUGUUGUCUUUCCUUUUUGGUUGAAUCAAUGGCUGUUCUUAUGAGGAAGCCUGUGACAUGUGUGGCAGUAAAUAUAUAGUUGGAUCUAUUUUGUAAAUGUUACUUGUGAGGUCUACUAAAUUAGAGAGGGAAGCUUGAUUUUUGA